CAGACAGGCAACAGCAGCGUUAAUCAUGAGAUCUUUCAUCAUCCUCGUUUCUCUGAGCGCUUUGGUCGCCGCCUACGAUGGGCCCAUCCACAUCCCGGUCAUCGGAUCCGAAGGAGUCCCGGUCGAACCUCUGGAAGUGCAGGAAGCCAGGACGCAACACCUCUUGCAAAGGGCCGCUGUUGCCGCAGAACGCGGAUACUACCAUCAUCAACACUUGAGGACGCGCAGAGAGAUCUUCGAGGAAUCCGCCGAGAACUACGUUCCUCCCAUGAACACCCCGCAAGUGCAGAUGGCCAGAGAAGCCUACUUGGCUCAAGCCUUCUCUCGUUACCCGAAGAGCUUCUUCACUCGCGACUUCAUGGCUUCCCCAUUCCUUACACCAUCAGCCGCCAACGACUACAAAAUCGUCAACCAUUACCAAAGAAACUAUUAA